AUGGGUUUUGGAGCAAAGUGGGUUGCUCUAAUUAUGUAUCGUGUGAAAUCAAUUUUAUUUUCCAUAUUGGUGAAUGGGGAACCUAAGGGGCCAGUUUUUCCUAGUAGAGGUAUAAGGCAAGGGGAUCCCAUUUCCCCUUACCUUAUCUUACUUUGCACUGAGGGCCUGAUAUCACUGUUACAACAAGCUGAUGUGCAAGAUGCAAUGGAAGGAAUCCGAAUCUGUAGAGGGGCUCCAAAGUUUAACCACUUAAUAGCACAGCGGAACUGGAUAGUUUCUGAGCUUAUUGAUGAUCACACAAAUAUGUGGGAUAUGAAAAAGAUCUCUCGACUCCUACCCCCAAGAGUAGCUUAUGAGGUCUUCAAACUACCACUUCCUGCUAAUAACAGACCUAAUACUAUAGUGUGGGAACUUGAGAAGCAUGGUUUGUUUACCGUUCGAAGUGCUUACAGAUUGUUCCUAGCAUCUAAAGAAGAGAGGCAGCUGGGGGAGGCAAAGAAGGUACUGACAGAUGCAAUGUGCAAAAGGUGUAACAUGGAGGAGGAGGUUAUCAACUAUGCCUUGCUUUAUUGUCCUAGACUCCAAGAUGUCUUGUUAUCUCAACUACACUUUUUGAAGGAAAAUGCAUUGCAGACAGAUUUCAUUCAUGUUGUGGAUCAAGUAAUUCGAAGGAACAAUUAUGGAGAAAUGGAAAAGCUAUUCUUAUGUGCUUGGGGAAUUUGGUACAGCAGGAACCAACUAAUAUAUGAGAAUAAGAGGAUAGAUCCAACACAAGCAAUAGAUAAUGCUCUAUCAAUUGCAAAAGAGUAUGAGUGUGCUAUAGAAGAGCAGAACAAAGGUCUUAAACCUUACUGUGGUUGGUUUCCUCCACCUGUUGGCCACCUAAAAUUGAAUGUUGAUGGAGCAUUAUUUCAUGAGCAAAGUAGAUCUGGUGUGGGAAUGAUCCUCCGAGAUGAAACUGGUAAGGUGAUCUUCUCUGCUAGUAAACUUGAGCAUGAGAGCAUUGAUCCUAUGGAAGUGGAACUUGUGGCUUUGCUAAGGGGCCUACAAUUAUGUCUGCUGCUGGGAAUUCAUGAUCUUGAAGUGGAAAGUGAUGCUUUGUUGGUUGUACAAGAGCUUACAAAAGAAGAGGAGUCAAUGUCUAUUUGGGAAAAUCUGGUUUUUGAGAUUAGAAAUCUAUUAGAAAGGUUUCCAAAAGUUGUAGUAUAG